CGCGCCGGCGUUUGAAGCUCCGUUCCCGCCAUCUGCAGCUUCCCCAGGCGGGCUGAAGCCUCCGGCCGGCCGACGUGCAUCUCCUGAGGGAAUAUGUCAUUUGCUAAUGAGAUUCUGUCACUGCAAAGAUUUCUGCUACAAUUGAAGACAAAGGCAUUGCCAUAGUAGUCGUUGAUAGAAAGGUUUCUGAGGUUGGAUUUAGCCUCUCCCUGCUUCUGAACCAACGAUGAGGAAAUGGGAAGCAACGCUGAAGCAGAUUGAGGAGCGGGCGUCUCACUACGAGAGGAAGCCGCUGUCCUCUGUGUAUCGACCAAGAUUGUCCAAGCCAGAAGAGCCAUCCUCCGUUUGGAAGCUAUUUCAUCGUCAGAAUCAAGCUUUUAAUUUUGUUAAAAGCUGUAAAGAGAAUGUUCACGUGUUUGCUUUGGAGUGCAAAGCAGGAGAUGGACAGCGUGUUUACCUUGUAACGUCCUAUGCUCAGCUUUGGUUUUACUAUAAGUCCCGAAAGACCCUCUUGCAUUGCUACGAAGUUAUUCCCGAGAAUGCUGUGUGCAAGCUUUAUUUUGAUUUGGAAUUUAACAAAUUGGCCAAUCCGGGAGCUGAUGGGAAAAAGAUGGUUGCGUUACUCAUAGAGCAUGUUUGUAAAGCACUUGAGGAGUUAUACAGUGUUCACUGCUCAGCUGCAGAUGUGUUCAACUUGGAUUCCAGCACUGAAGAAAAAUUUAGCCGACACCUAAUAUUUCAGCUCCGUGAUGUGGCAUUUAAAGAUAACAUUCAUGUUGGUAAUUUUGUGAGAAAAAUUUUGCAACCUGCUCUUCACUUAAUUACCCAGGAAGAUGAAGAUAAGAUUCCAGGCAAUGGCCACGAAGCUUCCUGUUUUUCAGAUGUACCACUAAAACAAGAGAUUUCAGAGGCCUGGGAGCAGCACAGCCCGGAUCUUUCAUUUUUAGUUGUGAAGAAUAACAUGGGGGAAAAGUGUCUUUUUGUAGACUUAGGAGUUUAUACAAGAAACAGAAACUUUCGACUGUAUCAAUCAUCCAAGAUAGGAAAAUGUGUGGCUUUGGAGGUUGCUGAAGAUAAUAGAUUUAUUCCAGAACAGUCAAAAGACAUUUCUGAGGACAACCAGUAUUUCCUGUCAUCCCUGGUGAGCAAUGUCAGGUUCUCAGACACGUUACGGAUCCUCACAUGUGACACGCCUCACACUAAAAGAAAGCGGACUGAAUAUUUUAACAGCACCGGCACGCCAGUCGAGUCCAUUGAAGGUUUUCAGUGCUCCCCGUACCCUGAAGUUGACCAGUUUGUUCUUUCUCUGGUGAAUAAACACGACAUCAAAGGAGGAAUUCGGCGUUGGAGCUACUUUUUCCCAGAAGAAUUACUCGUUUAUGAUAUUUGCAAAUACCGCUGGUGUGAAAACAUUGGACGAGCCCACAAAAGUAAUAAUAUUAUGAUUCUGGUUGACCUGAAAAAUGAAGUUUGGUAUCAAAAAUGCCAUGACCCUGUAUGUAAAGCACAAAACUUCAAAUCUAACUGUUUCCCAUUACCCACUGAAGUAAGUCUCCUGUUUCUUCUGAAAGAGGAGGAGUUCACUUCUGAUGAAGCAGAUGAAACUAGCAACUCACUGGCCAAGAAUUCUCAAAACCCACCAUCCAGUAACCUGUCUCCCGGCCAGUUUUCUGACGCUGACUGGGAUGACAAAGAUGAUGUCUGCUUCCUGGAAGCUACAGAAGAUGCUGAAUUCGCUGAUGCUGCAGACAAGAGUCUUCUCGGUUACAAGAGUGCGAUGGACGAUAUUCCCGAUGAACUAAUUGUAGAAGCAUUACAGAGUAGCUAACUAUGGAUGGGACUUACCUAAUGAGGCUACAGUUUGCCUGAUGCCUGAGAUUUGAUGACAUAAGGACAUAAGUGUUAAAUUAGGGCGGGGCUAUGGCCCAAGGGUAGAAGGCCCUAUAUUUAAUCCCCAGCACUAUAAAAAAAUCAGAUUAUUAACUUAUUACUAAACCUGUUUAUAGCAGCUGUUGUAUCUUUUGGUUUUCUAAUAAUUUGCUUUUUAUCUGAGCCAGUUUUAUUGAAGAUUAGCUUUGACAUGCUUCAGUAACUGCUCCUAGUCAAAAUUAUUCCAUGCUUGCACUGACAUCAUUAAAAAGCUUAUUGUAGGUUAAAACUCUUAUGCCUCGUGAUGACUAACAUGUCAAGAGACUGAAAUUUAUUAACAAUAAUCAGAACUAUAACUAUGGCUUCUGAAACCGUUA